UGGACAAAUACGCACGACAGCCGUAGACCCAUCACGGAAAGUGGAAGGUGCCUUCCGACGCAGAGAGAAACCUUCCGACGAGUAUGCUGUCAGCAAUUUUAUUUAUCUCUUUUGCGCAGCUAAGUUCGUGACUCUCUGCAUCUGUCGUAGGGAGUUUUUAGCACUACCAGCUAGUUCCGGAACGCAACUAUAAGAUUACCGCCACUAAACGGGACCAAAAUGGCAUAUCUCAGGUGGCGAACCGAGGUCGUAGUUUGGAGGAUGAUGUGCUCGCGGUAUUUCGAUUAUUUUAGUUCUUUCGACCACCACGAUCUCUGUAAUUAUCUAUGCGUAUGUUUUUGCUGUUAUCAGAAAAUGCUUUUAUUACUUCUAAAUAGCAACCGUGGUGGCGAACAUUGGUGCAGAUGUGGCGAUUCGAGAUGUGACAGGUAUACAUGGUAUAAGAAUGCGCGAAGGGCCAGCCACGUUUGUACUAGCGCAUACGACGCGAGGCGUGAAGGUCAGGCUCGUCGGACGGUCACGGCUGGAGAAAAUUAUGUUGAAAAUUGAAAUGACAAAAAACAAGGCAUAACAAUGACUUGGAAGAAAAUAUCGUUACUUCUGUGCGUGUUUGGAUUUUUGAAGGAAUUCAGACCGUCGGAACCGUUUGUAACUGAAUACCUAACCGGACCAUGGAAAAAUUUCACCGAAACGCAGAGGUGGGUUCUUUCCAGGUUACCCAAGAAAUAUAUCCAGUUGGUACAUAUUCCUACAUGGCAACAUUAGUUGCUGUAUUUCUGGUAACAGAUUUGGUCCGUUACAAACCUGUCAUCAUACUAUGUGGCAUCACUGGAAGCUGUACAUACAUCACACUAAUUUUAGCCCAAAGUAUAUGGGAAAUGGAAAUUGUUCAAUUUUUGAUUGGUCUUUUCCUUGCGUCAGAGGUGGCAUAUUUCACAUACAUAUAUGCAAAGGUCAGCAAGCUGCACUAUCAAGAAGUUACCAGUUACACAAGAACAGCAAUUUUGCUAGGAAGGUUUACUGCAAGUGUGGCAUCACAGUUAACUGUAUCUCUCAAUGUCCUGAACUACCAUCAGCUCAAUUACCUCACAUUAUCAGCACUAAUACUCGCAACGAUAUGGGCAUUAUUUUUGCCGUCUGUGAGCCAAUCUAUUUAUUUUCAUCGGCCAAUGGAUGCGGUUUCCAAUGAAUCCUCAGCCUUUGAAAAUGAAGUUUCGAGAGUUGAACAUGCUAAAGGCAAGCGGUCUCAUUCUCAGCAAAAUCUGCAGUUUGAGGCCCUUAAUAAAAAUUCCAGCCUAACCACCAAAGUUAAAAAUGCAUAUUAUCUUCUUUGGAAUGAUUUCUUAGCGGCAUAUUCAAAUUUUUAUGUACUUAAAUGGUCCAUAUGGUGGUCAUUUGCUACAUGCGGCUACACCCAAGUAAUUAACUAUGUACAGUUGCUGUGGCAAGAUUCAUUGGAAGGAGAAGAUAUUGUCUAUAAUGCCGGUGUUGAGGCAGUUUAUACAAUCUUGGGUGCACUAACAGCAUUUGGUGUGGGAAAGUUGAGACUAAACUGGCCUGCAAUAGGAGAGGCAACAUUGUCGAUAUUUGCAUUAUUGCAAGGUUCUUCACUAAUCGUUGCAUCUCAAACGUACAAUAUAUGGCUUUCAUAUACAAUCUAUGUUAUCUUUGGAUUAUUGUACCAGGCAAUGAUCACUAUCGCAAGCUCGGAAGUUGCUAAAAAUUUGUCAGAGGACAGCUAUGGGUUGAUAUUUGGGGUAAAUACGUUGAUAGCAUUGCUUUUGCAAAGUCUGCUCACAUUCGUUGUCACUGGCAAGAAUGUUCUUGCUUUACCCAUUAGGGCACAGUAUCUCGUCUACGGUGGUUUUUUUAUUACUCUGGGUGUAGUAUUUUUUAUGAUAGCAGUAUUUACGACAGUUGUACGGUGUAAAAAUGGUAAACGUUUUUUACUAUGGCAACUUAGUGAGACUAGUGAUUCUUCCUAAUAGCAUAUUGUACUGGUGAUAGAUAUUAUGACACAAUGGUACAAAUUGGCAUUCAUUCGUGAAUUGUGAUUAAUAUAUACAAUGUCAAUCACGAGCAAGUGAGACAAGCGGAAGAUCAACACUGAUAUAUGCGUCAGGGUGGUUCCUUGUAUAUAUGCAAAUCAAUUUGACUACAACUUGAGGUGCUACUUGAUUUAUUUUAUCUACUGACUAAAAAAUCGUAUUACAUUCUGUCGAAGAAUCCAAAGUAUAGCAUAGAAAAAAAUCAUAGUAAUAUUUAAGAUUUCUAGUGCGUUAGUUGGAAAAUAUUUUAAGGUACCCUUCAUGAUUUUUAAUUGGGGAAAAAUAAGUCAUAUUUAUGUCGGUGAAAUUUGUAUAGCUUAUAUAUUUAUCGUUACUCCACUUUGACAGACUCAAGAUAUCUCAAAAAUGGCCAUAGAAAUAAUAUUAAAGUCCCGAAAUUUUAUUUACGCAAAUAGUCAAAUCACCGAACACUAUUUCCUCGACCAACUAGAGUCCCGUAUUCCCACUCUUCCAUUUCAUGAGUAUUUUAACUUCCUCAACGCGAAUAACCCAACAACGUAGUUUUCACCUCAUGUGUAUGUAUGGUUUUGGAUAGCAUCAAGUUCGAGAUAAUGAGAACUGGAGCUUCGAUUGGUCGGAAAAUCUUGUUUGACGAUUUAGCAAAAAAGCGAACUAUCUGAUUAUUUAUUUCUAUAAGAAAUGUUUUUCUUUAAAAGUUCAAAAUUAAUAACCAAUUCAUUCCACGCUGAAUACGUGCAUCUUGUGCAAUAUCGUUUUUAUAUAAAUGUAAUAUAGAGAUUUAUUCAUAUAUACAUAUAACUACAUGUCUGAAAUGUAAAAAAUACAGGGAAAAAAAAUUGUAAAUAGAAUAAGUGACAGUGGCCAUUUGAAAUCGUUUACUUUUUCUGGCACUUGACUUAUUCACAUAUUUGGUCACAUGCGAAUUGUGCAGAAGACAGUAUUGCCUCACUUUUAAAUAGAGAAAGUAGCAAGUUACUGUAUGACAAUAGGCGCAGUGCGUUUUCUUACAAUAAGAAUUAGUAAUUAGUCUUUUUUUGUUUUUGGAAAAUUUUGUAGAAUAUACAUUUUAACAUUUUA